AUGUCACCAUUUGCAGUUGCUAAAGCAUUGGAAAGUGUAGUUGGCAAGAACUACAGCGCCAAGAAGCUGAGCAGCGGUGACAUUCAAGUCCAAGUGGAGAACCGAAAACAAAGUAGUGCACUGUAUUCCCUCACCCACAUCGGAGAAACAGCUGUAACAGUAAGCUCUCACCGCACUUUGAACAUCGUAAGAGGUGUGAUAUCUGAGAGUGAACUAUACUUGAGUGCUCAGACUCCGAACUUGAGGAAGGGCUGGCUGACGAGGGUGCAGUCUCGGCAGAACGAAUCGGUGACGCGCAGAGAUGGGAAAGAGAUUCCCACGAAACAUGUAGUCCUGUCAUUCAAGCUCCACAAUGUUCCAUCAACAAUCAAAGCUGGCUAUCUAAACUGUCAUGUGAGGGCAUAUAUCCCCAAUCCAAGAAGCUGCUACAAGUGCCAGAAGUUUGGCCACGGUUCUCGGGUGUGUCGUGGACAGGCUGUCUGUGUAAGGUGUGCUGGCAAAGACCACUCGUCAGAGACAUGCUCAAAUGAUAUCUGUAGCACUAACUUUGAAGGGGAGCGGUACCACUCAGAGUUUCAGUGGACCCAGACCUCUGGGCCUCCACACCACGCUCCCCAACUCAAAGAGAGGGUCACAGAGGUGCUUCCUCCAGUGGCCACACAGCCAAUCAGCCAUGGAGAGGCCGCCACAACCUCAAAGGAGGUUGUUGCAUCUCCCUCCGUUUGGGACGGGAUUGCCAAGGGCCCGUCCCAAAGUACAAGUCAAGACAUGGAUGUCGAUGGUGACGACUGCUUAUCGCAGAAGUCGUCAUCGAGUCUUCCAAGUACUACUUCGUCCUUGGGCAACGAGCAGAGAAAGAAAAGCACUGGCAAAGGACGGGGUCUGAGAGGCCAAGAACAGCAAAAGGUUCCUCCACCACGGAUACAAGCUCCUUGA